GACAAUGGGGGCUGGACCCCCAUCAUCUGGGCUGCGGAGCACAAGCACAUCGAGGUCAUCCGGCGCCUGCUCACCCGUGGGGCGGACGUCACCCUCACCGACAACGAGGAGAACAUCUGCCUGCACUGGGCCUCCUUCACGGGCAGCGCUGAGAUCGCCCAGGUCCUCCUGGAUGCUCGCUGCGACCUCCACGCCGUCAACUGCCAUGGGGACACCCCCCUGCACAUCGCCGCCAGGGAGAGCUACCACGACUGCGUGCUGCUGUUCCUGUCCCGUGGGGCAGACCCCGAGCUCCGCAACAAGGAGGGUGACUCCCCCCUAGAGCUGACCCCCGAGCGCUCCGAUGUGUGGGUCUCGCUCCAGCUCACCCGCAAGCUGCGCCAGGGGGCCCUGGCCCGGGGGCUGCGCACCGAGCGCAUCGUCAGCAGGGAUGUGGCGCGGGGCUACGAGAACGUGCCCAUCCCCUGCGUCAAUGGGGUGGACGAGGAGCCCUGCCCCCAGGAUUACAAAUACAUCGCCGAGAACUGCGAGACCUCCACCAUGAACAUCGACCACAACAUCACCCACCUCCAGCACUGCACGUGCCAGGACGAUUGCUCCUCCAGCAACUGCCUCUGCGGGCAGCUCAGCAUCCGCUGCUGGUACGACAAGGACGGGCGCCUGCUGCAGGAGUUCAACAAGAUCGAGCCCCCCCUCAUCUUCGAGUGCAACCAAGCCUGCACCUGCUGGCGCAGCUGCAAGAACCGCGUGGUGCAGAGCGGCAUCAAGUGAGCCAAAAACACCCCAAAACAC